CGCUGACAGUGAGGAUACAAACCUUUGGGGAUCUUGGAAAGGCAUGUACACUGUAGCAUGGAGGCUCGUCGUCCUGUUCCUGCUUCUCGCUUGCAGACCAGUCAUGGCGUCCAUCUUCUUUAAGCAAGAUACUGUGGAAGACUCAAGCCUUUGCGGCGAGCCUGAGCCGAGACACACGGGGUUCCUCAAUGGUCUCUACUACAUAUUCUACGAGGCAAGGGUUCGCAGCGUGGUGGCCGAGUCUGUUCCGCUAGUGAUUUGGCUGUCUGGAGGACCUGGAUGCUCCAGCCUCGUGGGCAUGCUGUUUGAAAAUGGCCCAUGCAUCGUGGGCGAAGACUCCCCUACGACUAUUUCAUUGAAUGUGAAUUCGUGGACCCAAGCCGCCCACAUGGUGUACAUUGACCAGCCUCGCGGCACGGGCUUCAGUCCAGCCCGAGCGUCAUUGAGAUCGUGGUCAGAAGCCACGGCGGUGGACGACUUGGUCUCGUUUCUGGACGAGUUUUACACUGCGUUUCCAACGUUUGCGUCCAACGAGUUGUACAUUUUUGGCGAAAGCUAUGCCGGCCAUUACAUUCCAGACUUGGCCCACGAGCUCCUGCUUCGGAAUUCACGGGCGUUUCAGAAUCUCAAAGGCAUUGGCAUUGGAAAUGGCUUAACAUCGGUGGAAGCUCUAUUUGACACCCUUGGCCCGUUCGUCAAGUCCGUCAACAAUGACAUAUUGUUGACAGAGGCCAACGAUUACGUGGAAAGCUGUGAAGAGGCCAUACAAGCAUGUCAGGAUCCUGCCAUUGGUGGACAAGGUGAUUGCUCCAAGUUGCCCUUUGCAGGUGACAGUGUGCGAAGCCUUGUCAAGCAACGUCAUGGCCCAGGUUUAUCGACAAGGGCUCAACCACUACAACCUCGACCGCAAAUGCCAUUCCGACAUGUUUCGGCUAUGCUACCGUUUCCAGCCAUUGUACACAUUUGUGAACUCCCAAGCGACGAUGGCCAAGCUGGGGAUAUCUGGUCACUCGUGGGCCCCUUGCAACAGCGAUGUGUUUGCAGGUCAUUUGGACAAGGACUAUUUCGAAGAAAGCGAAGGCAAAGUGGCCACGUUGUUGGAUCAUGGCAUUCGAGUGCUCAUUUAUGCUGGCGACAAGGACCUUGUGUGCAAUUGGAUGGCCCAAGACAAGUGGACACGAGAGAUGACGUGGCACGGUCACGACGAAUUCAACGGAAAUGCCAUGUCCGCAUACGUUUUCAAGGGCGAAAAGCAUGGCCAAGUCCGAUCGGCGCAAGGGCUGACAUUUUUUCGAGUGUACAACGCUGGCCAUAUGGUGCCACUGGAUCAACCGGCGGUCGCGCUCGACGUCUUCCGAAAGUUCAUCACCAACCAUCCUCUUGUGUAGAGUCGCUACACUUUGUAUUGAUAUCGUAAUGACAGCAUUAAACCGAUCGAUACAUUAAGUAGGAUGG